AUGGCGCCGCCGAAAUUCGACGGCAGCGCCCUGCCCAAGUCGAUCCUCAAGAAGAUCAGCGCGCCUCAGGCUGGGAAGCCGCCGCCUGCAGCCAGCGCGCCACCCCGGCAGCCGAGUCAAGCAGAGCAGCAAGAGCCGCAGGCCGCGCGCGACAAGCGAAACCGCGAGAUAGCCCUCUACCAUGCCCACCUGAUCCAGCAGCAGAAGGACGUCGAGGCCCAGAUCCUCGAUGCCAUCGUGCAGCUGAUCGACUUCCCGUCCUCUCCGGACGCGGACCCCAUGAGCCCGUCGCCCGAUGACGCGUCCAUGUUCAAGGCCCUGAUAGCAAACUUCCAGCCCUCAGACUACGACUCCUUGCUGGAGGAGCGCAAGUGCGCCGACAAGUGCGGCUACGUGCUCUGUCCGAACCGGCCCAAAGUCGAUGCUAAUGCCGGCAAGAACAAGUUCAUAGUGAAGGGCCGCCAGCUCCAGGUCGUGCCGCGCGAGAAGUUCGAGCUCUGGUGCUGCGAUGACUGCGCCCGACGUGCCUUGUUCGUCAAGGUUCAGCUGAACGAGGAGCCCGCUUGGCUCCGGAGGGCAGCCGUUGUCCCCCAGCUCGAACUCAUGGCCGACAGGCCCGGUCCAAGAUCGCCUCCCGACCUGAAUUCCGUCAUGUCUGGCCUGUCGUUGGGCGCCGCACAGCCCGCUGCCUGGGCAAGGUCUGCCGACGAAGCCCAGGGUCUGCAUACGGCCAUGGCGGACCUGGCCCUGGAGAGAGGCGAACAGAGCAUGUCUGCAAGAUCAGCAGGCUUAGUAAAGGAUAACGUCCACGAGAACAGGGUCAUCUCUCAACCAAGCGCCCCAGGCUCAACAGGGCACCUCUCUAUCGAAGGCUACGAACCACGGAUGAAUAUGAAAAACGGCAUUGAGCGAGACGAGGACGGAGACUGGAUACUAUGA